UGUCAGAUUUCUCCAUUGUAAAGUUACUCUUGUUUUUCGGAAUUAAUAAAGCUUUCUUAUGGGGAGAUACAUUUAUUAGUGGGCAUUCUACUAUAAAGAGAAGCUUCUUCUUUCCCACUUAUUUAUUUAUUCAUUUAAAUAUAAAUAUUAGUAUGGACUCAGGAUCCAUAAAUUAGUAUUCUAAAUGACAUGUAGAUUAAUAAACAUUUAUUUUUACCAGCUUGAGGUAUAUUGUACAUAUCAUAGAAUUCACCCACUUGAGAUUUACAAAUCAAUGAUUUUUAGUAACUUUGCUGAGUGGUGCAACCAUUGCCAUAAUAAUUUGGAACAUUUUCAUUUCCCCAGUUGGAUUCCUUAGUUAACCCCCAUUCUCUCCCCAGAUACCCAGGCUACCACUAACCUACUUUCUGUCUCCAUAGAUUUGCCUAUUCUGGACAUUUCAUAUAAAUGGAAUCAUACAAUAUGUAGACUUUGUGUCAGUCUUCUUUUGCUUUCCCACACAUUUACAAGGGUUCAUCCACAUUGUAGCAUAAUCAGGACUUCAUUCCUUUUCAUUGAUACAUAAUAUUCCAUUGUAUGGAUAUGCCACAAUUUGUCUGUUCUUUCACGCAUAGGCCAACAUUUUGGUUGUUUCCAGAUUUAGGUUAUUAUGAAUAAUGCUGCUGUGAACAUUCACAUGCUCAUUCACAAGAAGCAUCUGCAUGGGUGACUGGUGACCCAGGUCACUCUUUCAUGUCUUUUUUCUGCCUUCCAGACACUCUGCCAGGUGCAGUUCUGACCUCCCAGGAUCUGUGUAACUCAGGACUGUGCCCAUCCCCAGACACAGGAGGAAACAUGACCAUGUUCAAGGAGGCGGUGACCUUCAAGGAUGUGGCUGUGACCUUCACGGAGGAAGAGCUGGGGCUGCUGGACUCCACCCAGAGGAAGCUGUACCAGGAAGUGAUGCUGGAGAACUUCCGGAACCUAGUCUCAGUAGAAGGAAAGAUCCAAAGUGAGAUGGAGACUGUUUCAGAAGCAGGACUACAUGAAGAGCUUUCCUCCUGGCAUAUCUGGCAACACAUUGCAAGUGACUUCACCAGGUGUCAAGACUCCAUGAUAAAAAGUUCUGAAUUCCACCAACAAGGUGACUCAUCCGGCCAGGUUGGGGCAGGAUUCUGUGAAACUCACACAGGCCAGAAACCUUAUCAGUGUAAUGAAUGUACAAGAUCUUUCAGUGAUGUCUCCAACUUUGAUCUUCAUCAACAAAUAUACCCAGGAGAGAAGUCUCAUACAUGUGGUGAGUGUGGAAAAAGCUUCUGUUACAGCUCAGCACUUCGCAUUCAUCAGAGAGUUCACUCGGGAGAGAAACGCUAUAAGUGUGAUGAGUGUGGCAAGGAGUUCAGUCAGAGCUCACAGCUGCAAGCUCAUCAGAAAGUCCACACCGUAGAGAAGCCAUUCAGAUGUGAGCAGUGUGGGAAAGGCUUCAGUCGUAGGUCAACACUUACUGUUCAUUGUAAAUUACAUAUGGGAGAGAAACCUUAUACUUGUGACCAAUGUGGAAGGGCCUUCAUUCAUGCUUCACAUCUUCAGGAACAUCAGAGAAUCCACACUGGGGAGAAACCGUUCAAAUGUGAUAUAUGCGGUAAGAACUUCCGCCGUAGAUCAGCCCUUAACAGUCACUGUAUGGUCCACACUGGAGAGAAGCCAUACAAAUGUGAGGAGUGUGGGAAGUGUUUCACUUGUAGCUCAAAUCUUCAUAUCCAUCAGAGAGUCCACACAGGAGAGAAACCUUAUAAAUGUGAGGAGUGCGGUAAGUGCUUCAUUCAGCCUUCACAAUUUCAGGCCCAUCGGAGAAUCCACACGGGAGAGAAACCGUAUGUCUGUAAAGUGUGUGGUAAGGGCUUCAUUUACAGUUCAAGUUUUCAAGCCCAUCAGGGAGUCCACACAGGAGAGAAACCAUACAGAUGCAGUGAGUGUGGGAAGAACUUCAGGAUGAAAAUCCAUUAUCAAGUUCAUCUGGUCAUCCACACAGGAGAGAAACCCUAUAAAUGUGAGGUAUGUGGGAAAGGCUUCCGUCAGAGUUCAUAUCUUAAAAUCCAUCAGAAGGCCCACAGCGUAGAGAAACCGUACAAGUGUGAGGAGUGUGGGCAGGGCUUCAAUCAGAGUUCACGACUUCAGAUCCACCAGCUGAUCCAUACCGGUGAGAAACCAUACAAAUGUGAAGAGUGUGGGAAGGGAUUCAGUCGUAGAGCAGAUCUUAAAAUUCACUGCAGAAUCCACACCGGAGAGAAACCAUAUAAUUGUGAAGAGUGUGGGAAGGUUUUUAGUCAGGCGUCUCAUCUUCUGACCCAUCAGAGAGUCCACAGUGGAGAAAAACCAUUCAAAUGUGAAGAGUGUGGGAAGAGCUUCAGUCGGAGUUCACACCUUCAAGCCCAUCAAAAAGUCCACACUGGAGAAAAGCCAUACAAAUGUGAGGAGUGUGGGAAGGGCUUCAAGUGGAGCCUGAACCUCGACAUGCAUCAGAGGGUCCACACAGGAGAGAGACCAUAUAAGUGUGGGGAGUGUGGGAAGCACUUCAGUCAGGCCUCAAGUCUUCAGCUUCAUCAGAGCGUCCACACUGGAGAGAAGCCGUACAGAUGUGAUGUGUGUGGUAAAGUCUUUAGUCGGUCUUCACAGCUUCAGUAUCACAGGCGAGUUCACACAGGGGAGAAACCUUACCAGUGUGAGACGUGUGGUAAAAGCUUCAGUUGGCGCUCCAAUCUUGUAAGUCAUCACAAGAUGCACACUGGGGAUACAUUUUAUGAAAGCAGCAAGAGUGGUAAGAACAUCAAGGAACUGUCAGAGGAGAGAAGUUCUACAAAAUGAUGUUUUCAAAAAACUCAUGUGCAACAUGAAUUCUUGCAAGCAUCAGGUCUCAUAGGAGAGAAAGUAUUUUAGGUUAGUUGGUGUUGAAGCAGUAGCUAAACAGAUCCUAGUGUUCACCAGACCACACAGCAGAGACCCCUUCUGAGUGGUGCAAUAAGGGCUGCAUUCAGAACUUUGACAUUUAUCAGAUGUCACUUAGGAGAUAGCACUUAGAAAGGAAAAGAGUUUGGUCUGGGCUUUAACAAAAGUGUAAGGAUGAGCUAGUCAAAAUUGAUGUCCAUGAGAAUGUGCGCUCCAUGAGGGCAGGGACUUGGCUGCUGAAUCUACACAACCUUAUCAUUGACUGGCGCUUUUAGGUGUGCUCAGUACUUGUGUUUUAAAUAAACCAAAAGGGGGAAAUGUAUAAUAUAUGAAAGUUGUAUCCAGAGGAGGAAACCUGCAAAAUAAAAUUAAUUCAGGACAUGAACAUUUGUUGAAAUACUGAAAACCACUACAGAAAAUCAAUCUGCAAUAUAUUUUUUUAAAAUUUAUUUUUGGCUGCGUUGGGUCUUCAUUGCUGCACGCAGCCUUUCUCUAGUUGCAGUGAGCGGGGGCUACUCUUCAUUGCAGUGCGUGGGCUUCUCAUUGCAGUGGCUUCUCGUUGUGGAGCACGGGCUCUAGGCAUGCA